AUGGUCACCGGUUCACACUGCCCGCAUUUUGGCGAUCUUAUCAUCAAACGAUUCCAUAGAGUUAUAGCCCUUCACAUCGGCGGUGAAAUUCGUUGUGGUGGUCUGAUUUCUGUAAUUUCCCGCUCCCUCGCGGUGCAAUCUCGUCCCGGGUACACUUUCUUUGCAGGUGAUUCUUUCCAUUUGUCCCUGCAGACCCUUUGGUCUAUACAUAUGCUUCGUACUGCCCCAGGUGGGUAUGUUUGGAUGCGGGGUCGCUACACUUAUUUCAAGGUCACUGGCCCUGAUGUCGUCUCCCUAGUAGACCCCAUUAGCGACACUAUGUGGGUUCUUUUGUCGAACAUCCCACCAUCUCCUCGCCCACGAAGGGCACCGCAAGUACGGCAACCACAGUUUGAUCGACCAUCUUCAUCCACUCAGCACCCAGACUAUGCAUACACAACACCUAUUUCCUUUAGCCAACAUGAUCCUAUGCAGACUGACUUUCAGGAUCAGCCCCCACCCACCCAGCCAUCUCACCCUGACCCCAACUCCCCCUUCACUUACCAACAUCAUCUUGGCCUCCGUCAGGAUAUUUCUUCUCUUCAGCAGACUAUGACUAGUCUCCGCCUCGAUUAUCAGCUACAGAGAACUCAGGUUACCAGUUAUUGUGACGAGUUGUUAGGUUUGCGUGACGAUUUCGACACUUUCCGUGACGAUUUCUUCCGUCGCUAUGCACCCCCGUCCGAGUAG